AUGGCGUCAGAAGUGAACCAGGCCGACGAGAUAUGGGAUCACAUCGGGGACCUGGGCGGGUGGAAUUUCGAUGGGUUGGAGGGCAGUGAUGACAUCGAACCCGACUGGUGGAGCAGCUCUAACGCACACACCCGAGAGCCAGCCCUUCACUACGACGUCCUCUCCUCCCCCUCCAUCGAGAACUUCUCCGGCGACCUGCCGCCAAGACAUCCAGCAAGGUCUUCACCUUCAGCUUCUCGACUGCGACCUCGUGACAGAGCGGCUUCGCCAGAGUCAACGGCCGACCGCGCCAGUUACUCCAUAAACAACCACUCAGCUUUGCAUCACCGGCGGAGGCGGUCGCCCACUACAGAUCCCAGAAGAAGAGCACCAGUUGCGCACAAUAGCGAUGACUUGCUAGACGCUGAACCCACAAGAGCACCCUCUCGCUUUACCAUUCCUGACGACCUCUUCGGCUCCGUCAACUUCACCUCCGACAACCCUCGUUCACCUUCAUACGGCAGCGGCAUCGACAUCGACGACUUUCUACAACACGACUCCGGAGACGACAACAUGCCAGCGACACGAGGGACCCGAGCGAACCGCCGCGGUGACAGCAUAGUCGACCUCACAGACACGCCUUCUGCGCCUACCUCCUCCACACCUCGCCACCCGAUCAGCCUCAAGCGUUCAGCAGCAGAAGCCUCUACACAACCACCCGCCAGCAAGCGCCGUCGCAUCAAACCCGAAGACGAUGUCGCCUCCGAACGAAAAGACCCGAUAGAAGAACUAGACCUCACCAACGAAGCCCCCUCCGCCGAAGAAGAGCUCGCGCAAACACAGCAACACCAACUCCUACAAACCCAACGCUCCGAGUCCUCCGGCGCCCCGCUGAAAAUGGGCAAGCGCACCUGCAUCAUCUGCCUGGACAACAUCACCAACGCGACCGUGACGUCGUGCGGCCACAUGUUCUGCCACGAGUGUCUGACGCAAGCGAUCCGAGCGGCGGAGAAGAGUAGUGAGAAGGGGGUGGGCGGGUGCCCGGUGUGCAGGAAGCCGGUGAAGAGGAAUAAAGAAAAGCAGAUGAUUCCCAUUGCGUUUAUGAAGAGGAGCACGUUCAAGGGGAAGGGGAGACGGAUUGGGGGUGUGCUGGGGUGA